AUGGCUAGCUCAACAAUGCUCUUCAAGGUUGCAUGCUUGGCCAUGGUGUGCAUGGUGUUGAACACCUCCAUGGCCAAUGGUGCCCUGACAUGUGCCCAAAUCACAUUCACUGCUUCACCAUGCAUUGCCUACAUUAGGAACCCCGGUGCCGCCGUUCCAGCACAAUGCUGCAACGGCCUUAGGUCACUCAAUGACCAAUGUAAGGCCACGCCGGAGCGCCAGGCCGCUUGCCGGUGCCUGAAAUCGACCGUUCUGAACGUACCCGGAGUCAAUCUCCCGGCGCUUGCUGGCCUCCCUAACAAGUGUGGGAUCAACUUGCCCUACAAAGUCACCCCUGCCAUUGAUUGCAACACGUAUAUCACUUAA